AUGUUCCGCUUACUACGGUUAGGAAACGCUGUGGUCAAAGUCUCGCAAGCUGCAAAAAAUGCGCCCUCGAUUUCACAAUUUCCUAGUCGUUCCGUGACGACCAGCUGUGUUCUGCGACAUGGCGAUUAUGAAUAUGAGGUUUUAAAUUAUUUGGAAAUAUCAUUAAGGUCUUUUUGAACUUUCAGGAUCCAAAAAGCGAGGAAGAUGUCGUCAAUAUCACCUACGUUUUGCGAGACGGAACGAAAAAGGAAAUUCGCGGGAAGGUUGGCGACAAUGUCAUGUACCUGGCUCAUAGGUGGUCGAUUCUUUUCGGAAAACUAAUAAAUAUAUGUUUUUAGAUACGAUAUCGAAUUGGAAGGCGCUUGUGAGGCUUCACUGGCCUGUUCAACUUGUCACGUUUAUGUUGAAGGCGAUUAUUUUAAUAAAUUGCCUGAGCCUAAAGAGGAGGAGGAUGAUAUGUUGGAUCAGGUUUGUGUGUAGAAAAAGGUUGAUACUGAAUGAAUCUUGUAAAAAAAAGUUACUUCUUUGCUAAUUUUAGUGAUUUUUCCAGUUGUCUUAUAGAAUAACAGUGAUUAGAGGAUUUUUCUGUGCUUUAAUAACUUUAUAAUUAAAUAAUAACCCAUUUUUUAGGCCCCAGCUCUCCGGUCAAACUCCCGACUCGGCUGUCAGAUCAUCCUGAACAAGGAGCUCAACGGGAUUACUGUAACUUUACCUUCAAUGACGAGGAAUUUCUACGUCGAUGGUCAUGUACCUCAGCCGCAUUGA